AUGGAUUUGUUGCCAGGUCCAAGAUGGAAGAAGGGCAAAGAUGGAAAGGACUUUUCAGCACUAGCAGCAGCUAAUCCCAUGUCAGCCAUUGUUGCCGAGCUGAAGGCCUCGUUCAUAAGCUCAAAGCCCAUGGCAAUUUUGUCAGGUCCAGGUAGUGGUGCUGUUCUUGGAGUUGACCCGGAGCAAGCCGUGAUCCUAAACCGUGCUGCCUUUGGCCACGCCAUCGAGAAUGCAGCGGCACAGAAGCUUUGGUUCCAACUCAGCCCUGAGGAGAUCUUCUACCUAUCCCAUGCUCUGAACUGUGUCAGGGUUGAGUCGCAGGACAAGAAGCAGAUGUGUGAAAAGCAACUGUGGGAUCACUUCAGGUCCAUGUCGGAGUCCUUUCCAGAGAUGUACAAGGCUUACUCACAUCUGAGAUUGAAGAAUUGGGUGGUGAGAUCAGGGUUGCAGUACGGUGCAGAUUUUGUAUCUUACCGUCACCAUCCAGCGCUCGUCCACUCGGAAUUCACGGUAAUUGUCGUUCCAGAAGGUACAUUGUUUGGCAAUAGGUGUGGCCGUCUUGAGGUGUUGUCUGAUCUACUAUGUGCACUCCGGGCUUCUGGCAGUGUAGCAAAGACACUACUGGUUGUGACCAUCAGCAGCAGCAGAAGCAGCAGUUGCGAACUGAGCUCCCCAGAUUGCUUAGAACAGCUUGCUGUUCAGAGAACAAUAACAAGAUGGAUACCACAGCAGUGCCGGGAACAGCGGUGUGAACCAAGCAGCGAUGAAGCCAAUAGGGAAGAACUAAUUGUCAAAAAGGGAAGUGGAGUAUUCAACCACCGGGGUGUGAUACUAGGCUUCGGUAUUCUAUGCAGCUUGCUUGUUGUAAACAAGCUGAAAUUCAGACAGUGA